CAGAACAUUAUUCUGAAAUCCGACGUAAGAUGAGCACAGUUUAGCUCCUGAAUUUUUUUAUUAAUUUUUUAUAUUAGUCUUAAGCAUAUGUUAAGCUUCAAUUUUAUGAGAUAUUUCGAUUGAUUUUUGAGAAAUCUACAAGUACUUAGUAACGCGAAGAUAAAUUUACAAGAUGAGGGAGAUCAUCCAUUUACAAGUCGGUUCUUGUGGGAAUCAGAUUGGAGGAAAGUUCUGGGAGGUAAUAUCUGACGAGCACGGCAUCGACCCCAGUGGAUGCUACCACGGCGACUCUGAUCUCCAGCUGGAAAGAAUUAAUGUCUACUUCAACGAAGCCUCGGGUGGCAAAUAUGUGCCGAGAACCGUGCUGAUCGAUCUCAAGCCGUCUACCAUGGAUUCGGUGCGUUCGGGCCCUUUUGGCUGCCUCUAUCGACCUGAUAACUUUGUUUACGGACAAACUUGUGGUGCUAAUAACUGGGCGAAGGGACACUACACCGAAGGCCUGGAAAUUUUGGAGUCUACUUUAGAUGUUGUUCGCCGUGAAGCUGAAGGGUGCGACUGCUUGCAAGGCUUUCAGAUGUCUCAUUCACUUGGGGGAGGCACUGGCGCUGGAUUGGGUACUCUCAUUAUAAACAGAAUCCGUGAGGAAUACCCAGACCGUAUAAUCCUCACAUUCUCAGUAUUUCCCAGCUCCCGAGUAUCCGACUGUGUUGUUGAACCUUAUAAUGCAACGCUAUCAGUCAAUCAGCUUGUGGAAAACACAGACCACACGUUCUGCUUAGACAACGAAGCGCUGUACGAUAUUUGCUUUAGAACGCUAAAACUUACAACACCAACAUAUGGUGAUUUGAACCAUUUGAUUUGCGCCACCAUGUCCGGAAUUACAACGUGCCUUCGAUUUCCUGGUCAGCUUAAUGCGGAUUUGCGGAAGCUAGCUGUGAACAUGGUACCGUUUCCUCGCCUCCACUUCUACAUGCCCGGGUUUGCACCUCUAACGUCUCGAGGAGGGCAGCAGUAUAGAGCUCUGACUGUACCUGAACUGACGCUGCAGAUGUUUGACGCGAAAAACAUGAUGGUAGCCUGUGAUCCUAGGCAUGGGCGAUAUCUCACCGUAGCUACUAUAUUCAGAGGCAGAAUGUCUAUGAAAGAAGUAGAUGAACAGUUACUCAAUAUUCAGAACAAAAACAGCACAUAUUUCGUUGAAUGGAUACCGAAUAACAUUAAGGUUGCGGUGUGCGAUAUCCCGCCAAGAGGACUGAAAAUGGCGUCCACAUUUAUUGGAAACACUACAGCCAUUCAAUCAAUAUUUAAGAGGGUCUCGGAGCAAUUUGUAGCGAUGUUCAGGCGGAAAGCUUUCCUUCAUUGGUACACUGGAGAAGGUAUGGAUGAGAUGGAAUUCACAGAAGCAGAAAGCAAUAUGAAUGACUUAAUUUCAGAAUACCAACAGUAUCAGGACGCAACGGCUGAUGAUGAAGGGGAGUUUGAUGAAGAGGGCGAGGGAGAAGGGUUAGCUGAAUAAACGAUUUAAUAUAA